ACAAGGUCAGACUAAGUGACACCGUUUCCUGCCUGCUGCUUCAGGAUUUUGUUUCCAGGUUGUGAAUCACGCCUGCGUUACAUUUGCAUAAGUUGUGCUUYGUCAGCCUGAUUCUGCAUCAGCUGUUGGUGGUUCAGCUCUGAUGAUGUGUGCUCCCGGGUCAGCAGAACCUUUGGUUCUUCAUGAAGGAGCUGCCUGGUUGUUUGCCGACACGCACACAAAAAAAAAAAGUUUAAAAAACCUCCACACAGACAAACAAUCUUAUCCCAGAUUAGAAUAUGAGGAUUUUUACAGAAACAGGAAAUGUUUAGUGCCUACUGCUGAAAGCCAAAGAUGUUUUUUUAGUGUCUGUUAGCAAAAUAUCUCAUACAACUGGGCAGUUUCCUCGUUUUGAUUAUUUUUUUGUUGUUUGUUUGUUUAAGGUGUUUUUCAGGAUUGAAACAUUAAUUCUCAUCCUUWUUGUUUAUGAACGCGCUUCAUCGUGAUCAAAACCCAAACCGAACCCAGCAGUUGGUUUACCUGCUCUCUGAGCCAUAACCAAAAGUUGUCAAGGGUGUUGACAGUUAUUUGUGAGGUGUGUUUACCUGAUUCACCUCCUUAAGACACAGUUGACCUUUGUUCUCCUUAAUGCUGAAGGAAGUUUAAAAAUACCGUUGAAUUGAUGUUUUUUUUAAGGGAACUAAAGUGGCCAAAAAAAAAGCCACACAGACCUGAUCGCAGUCAGAGAUGCGUGUUGUGUUUUUGUUGUUGAUUGUUUACUAAAACAACACAGACGUGGUGAGAAGAUUUAUGAUCAAGGAUUAGAAAGAGACCAAACUUUCAGGUCCAAAGCAUUCAUUUACAAUAGAAAAGAGUGUUUUCAGUCAGAGCAACAAAAACAGACAACCUGUUUUACACAAACAGAUGCCUUUUUUUAAACUGCUGUCGCCUCACAGAAAGAUUACCGGUUUUUUUCUGUGUGGACUACUUGACGCGCUCUGCCUGUGCAGGUUCUCUCCAAGUAUGACAACAUCCCCUCCCCGUCCAGAAUGUGCGUGGGUUUUCUCCAGGUGUGUUGGGUUCUCUGGCAGCUCUAAACUGUCCCCAGGUGUGAAUUGUUGUUUGUUUCCUUCRCCUCCGUGUGAGCCCUUGUGAUCGACCGGUGGCCUGACCCCACCUCUCGCCCGGCCACCUCACCUCCUGACACCCUCAUGACCCUAAACAGGACGAACCGGGUCAAUAAAAUGAGUGGAAGUGUUGAUAACAGUAAAGAGUCGACAAAGAAAUUCUCCAUUAUUGCAAAUCUGCAGAUAAAUCGGGGGCUGAACAAAAAUGCAGGCAGACUAUCUUUCUUUUUUUUCUUCGAAGUAACGUACUAGUAAGCUUUCUGAAACACACUACGGAUGUUUUAAGGGUUAAAUCCUGUGACCUGGUAUAAACCUGUAUGYUACACAUUCGUUCCUUACAUUGUUGACAGUGCACUGUGUUUAAAUGUGACCGUGUGGGGAAAAAUACAGCAUUGAUCGUGGAAAAAAACACUUACAUAACAUAUAAACUUGUUUUCAGAGUCAAGUGUGCUCUGUUACAACAUUCAGACUCGGGAAAUCGUCGMAGACCGCUUGCACAUUUUUGCACCUCGUGCUCUGUUGUGUAGUUGCAGAGCAGGAGCUGAUUCAUAACAGCAUACACACUGAACCAGCUCAGCAGCACGUGACCUCCAACACUCGGUGAGGUUCUGUGACGUCCCGGUCCAUCCCUGCCUCCGGCUGGGGCUUUAUAAAGAGCAGCCGAGAGGCCCGGCAGCACACCUGCCUCUGCUGACGGCAAGACGCGCUAGCACCUCACUGACGUGGCUGUAGCUGAAGACUGGGAUGGAGACUGUGGUGUGUCCGAUGGGUGGAGGAGCCACGAGGCUGUGCACCAACCUGAUUCAGACCUUCAAAAGCACCGGCGCUCCUCUUCCUCUCCCCUCGUCCUACCUGGACCCCCACCGGCCCACUCUCACAAACCUGGAUCCAGAUUUCUGCCUGAAGGGCUCCUCUGUGUGCCCCCCUGACCCAGUGGAGCUCCUUCAUCAGUGUGAGGAGGCCCUCAGGGACAGACCACCUCGGUUCCUCAGGAACUUUGUUCACCUCSCUGAUGGAAAUGGAAACAGCGCCCCCAGCAGUCCCAUCAGGGUGAUGCAGUGGAACAUAUUGGCCCAAGCUUUGGGUGUAGGCAUGGACAAUUUUGCUCAGUGUCCCCUGGAGGCCCUCAGCUGGUCCCACAGGAAGUUCCUCAUCCUGGAGGAGAUCCUCACCUACCGACCUCACAUCCUGUGCAUGCAGGAAGUCGACCACUUCCACGACACCUUCCAGCCCAUUCUGGCGGGUUUGGGCUACGGCAGUCACUUCUGCCCCAAGCCCUGGUCUCCGUGCCUGGACGUGGAGGGCAACACGGGCCCCGACGGCUGCGCCCUGUUCUUCGACGAGUCCCGCUUCGAGCUCCUGGACAGCGUGAACAUACAGCUCUCCGCCAAGAUGAUCCCCACCAACCAGGUUGCAGUGGUGAUGACUCUGCGCUGUCGCAGCACGGGGAGGUGCGUGUGCGUGGCCGUCACCCACCUGAAGGCUCGCUCCGGCUGGGAGUGGCUCCGCAGCGCUCAGGGAUCCGACCUGCUCUGGCAUCUUCAGAACCUGGUGGAGACGCUGGGCGGCGGCGACCCCGACGUUAAAACGCCCCUGCUGAUCUGCGGGGACUUCAACGCGGUGCCGAGYGAGGAGGUGUACCGCCGGUUCGCAGCGUCUCCUCUCGGCUUGGACUCGGCCUAUAAGAAGCUGAGUCAGGACGGUCUGACGGAGCCGGAGUACACGACGUGGAAGAUCCGGGCCACGGGGGAGUGCUGCACCACUCUGGACUACAUCUGGUACACUAAAGACACGCUGAGGGUGGAGGCUGUCUUAGACAUGCCCAGCGAGGAGCAGAUUGGACCCAACAGGCUUCCAUCCUUUCACUAUCCAUCUGACCACCUGUCUCUGGUUUGUGACUUCAGCUUCAGGGAAUAAAAGGGUAGAACUGAUUUUUGCUUCACUCCACAGGAAGACGAGCAGCCGUGAUGCUUUGAGUGACAAAAAACAACAAAAAACAGGAAACUUUGAAGCCAGAGAGUGAGGUUUGAUAACUGUGACUGAAGUGUUGAAGUCAAGGUGCUCAGGCUGUCGGCCUACAGACUGUGAAAGUCUUCCAUCAUGAACUUUUUAUCACCAGGCUAAUCGUAAAUAGACUUGUUUUUACUAAAAGAAUCCUUAAAAAAUAAAGCAGUGCCAACAAAACUGCAUCAUGUUAUAAGAGUGUUUGAAAUAAAGUGUUUGCUUUA